GGGCACGGCUCGAGCCGCGGCCACCGAAGCCGCCGUCAUGCGCGCAGCCACUUGGCCUAGUAACCGCACCAGACGACCGAAUCCGUCGUCGGAUCAACAGCCCAGUCGCUCGCUCGAAAUCGGACCGAAUAGACACCGUGUGCCUCUCACCGACACCCAUCACACACACACAUACACACACACAACAAACAUUGAAUAGGAUUUAAUUGGGAAACGGACAAUCCGGGGGGGCGGAACGAUGUGCUGGCCGCGAAAGGGGCGCGGGAGCGGUGAAAAAACGCGAAUCGAUUGACGGGGACCGGAAUGACAGUCUGGCCGUUACGGCGGUCGUAAGUUACGUUUGGGAUUUGUCGGACGAUGUGUCGCGUUUGUGGGUCGACGUGCUAAGGCGAUGGCAAGCGGCGGUGGCAGCAGGACGGGCCCGCAGGCCCAGCAGAACGCGGUCUCCCUCAAGCCCAUCGAGGUGCCGCAGCCUCUCGUCAACGGCGAGAAGUUCAUCAAAUGGGACGAGGAAUCGGGGGUCGGCACUCCGGUCACCCUCAGGGUCGAUCCCAAUGGGUUCUAUCUCUACUGGGUGGACCAGAACCACGAGAUGGAUCUGUUAGAUAUUGCCAUCAUCAGAGACACCAGAACUGGACGUUAUGCCAAAAUACCUAAGGAUCCGAGAUUAAGACAAAUAGUGACGAUGGGUUCUCAAGACACGUUAGAAGAGAAAACGGUGACGGUUUGUUGUGCGAACGAUUUCGUGAACAUAACGUACAUAAAUUUCUGCUGUACGCGUAAGGAAAUCGCAAGAUUGUGGUCGGACGCGUUGAUGAGUCUAGCCUACAACCUGAACCAGAUCCACGGGACCGCCGUCACCUACUUGAGGAAGGCGCACACCAAACUCACCCUCAUGACGGACAAAACGAACAAAAUACCGGUCAAAAACGUGCUGAAAAUGUUUGCGCAAAGCAGAGACGACAAAAAAAGAGUGGAAACGGUGCUGCAAGAGCUGCACAUGCCCCACGGCAAAAACGACGCCAUCAAUCCGGAGAAGUUCACGUUCGCCGACUUUUUUCGAUUCUACAAAUCGUUGACGCAACGGACGGAAGUUGAACGGAUAUUCCACGAGCUAUCUGGAGGUAAACCGACUAUGUCUGCGUCGCAGAUUGUCGACUUCCUGAACCAGAAGCAGCGUGACCCGCGGCUGAACGAGAUUCUGCAUCCGUAUGCGAACACGGACCGGGCGAAGGACGUGGUCAACACUUACGAGCCGAUAGCCGCGAACAAAGAGAAGGAAAUGUUGUCCUGGGAAGGUUUUCUCAGAUACCUCGUGUCCGAAGACAACAACAUCAUGGCGCAGAGCAAGCUGGACUUGCAGGACGAGAUGGACCAGCCUCUGGCUCAUUAUUUCAUCAACUCAUCACACAAUACUUAUUUGACAGGUCACCAGUUGACGGGGAAGUCCAGCACAGAGAUGUACAGGCAAUGUCUACUGUCGGGAUGCAGAUGUGUGGAACUGGACUUUUGGAACGGAAGAUCUGAGGAGCCGGUGAUCGUACACGGUUACACUUUGGUACCGGACAUUUCGGCGAAGGAAGUUCUGGAAGCGAUAGCCGAAAGCGCCUUUAAAACGUCAGAUUAUCCCGUUGUCUUGUCGUUCGAGAACCACUGCAAUCCCCGGCAGCAGGCCAAAAUUGCCAACUAUUGCAGGGAAAUUUUCGGGGACAUGUUGUUGGACGCGCCUCUGGAGUCGCACAAAUUAGAACCGGGCACCAGUUUGCCGCCACCGUCUCUGCUAAAAAGGAAGAUCAUCAUCAAGAACAAAAAGAAACAUCACCAUCAUCACCAUAGGCGAACGGUGACGCCGUCGCCGGAAGCGCAGACAGAACCGACAGGUAACGGCGACAUCCCCCAUCCUCCGCCGCUGCAACAGCGACAGGGUUCCAAAGAGUCGACGGAGACUGAGGGUGAGGAGUCGAGCAGCGAGGAGGAAGGCGAGGCGAUAGAGACGGAGGCGCCCACCGAGGAAACGACCAAGGAUAAGGCUUCCGCAGCUUCCGAAACGGAAGCUGGUGCAGAAAUUUCAGCGUUGGUCAACUACGUACAACCUGUGCACUUUUCCAAUUUCGAAAACGCUAAAAAGAAGAAUAGGAGUUAUGAAAUGUCGUCGUUCGACGAACGGCAAGCGACGGCCUUGUUGAAGGAGUCGCCUGUCCAAUUCGUGAAUUACAACAAGCAUCAACUAAGUAGAGUCUAUCCGGCUGGCACAAGGUUUGAUUCCUCGAAUUUUAUGCCGCAAGUUUAUUGGAACGCAGGUUGUCAGUUGGUGGCGCUAAAUUUCCAAACCUUAGAUCUGGCAAUGCAACUAAAUCUAGGCAUUUUUGAAUACAACUUCCGGUGCGGUUACCUACUGAAACCGGAAUUCAUGCGACGCACCGAUCGUAGGUUUAAUCCGUUCGCUGAGAGCACUGUAGAUGGUAUCAUAGCAGGUACUGUUGAAAUAACUGUGAUAUCUGGACAAUUUUUGACUGAUAAGAGAGUUGGGACUUACGUAGAAGUAGAGAUGUAUGGACUGCCGGCCGACACAGUAAGGAAAAGGUUCAAAACUAAAGUGGUGCCAAACAACGGCAUCAAUCCUAUCUAUGACGAAGAACCGUUCGUUUUUAAAAAGGUCGUCCUUCCUGACCUAGCCUCGAUUCGAAUCGUCGCUUAUGAAGACUCGGGCAAGUUUAUAGGUCACCGAGUGUUGCCAGUCGUCGGUUUGUGUCCAGGUUACCGUCAUGUUAGUCUAAGAACUGAAAUCGGGCAACCUUUGCCAUUAGCCACGUUAUUCCUCCUCGUGGUUGUAAAGGAUUACGUUCCAGACAGCUUCUCUGACUUUGCCGAAGCUUUGGCCAAUCCUAUAAAAUACCAGAGCGAACAGGACAAAAGAACGGAACAACUGGCGAAGCUGACAGACGACAUGGAACCAAUCGAAGGUGAUGAAGAUCAAAAGAAGAACACUCUGUCCAAGGUCAUGAGAGAACAAGCCACAAACGGAAGUCCAAUUCAAAGGCCGUCAAUAACAACUGGCGCAGGUUCCGUGGACAUCGCAACAGAAAACGAUUUACCCUUAAUCACACCCUCCACAAAUCCAAUUACAAUUGUGCCGAUGCCCGAAACCAAUUCGGUUUCUAAAACCGUUGAGGUUAAAGAAGAAAAACUGGAAGAGAUAGUGGCGGAACCUUUGGAAAAAAUACUCGACAACAAACUUAUAAAGGAGAAAAAACAGGAGCUGGACAAAAAACUGGAGAAUCUUAGAAAGAAGCACGAGAAGAAGAAAAUGACAUUGCAGUCGCAGAAAUCCAGCGACUUUCCUGAGAAACGUUCCAAGCUGACCAACAUGAAGUUGAUUAAACGGCUGAGCAGCAAAAACAUUUUAGGUAGGAGGGAGAGUUACAGACGGUUUGAGAAGUUCGAAGAGGAUUUUGGAGUUGUACGAAAGGAGUCGUUUAAUGGUGUUACUGGUGUCUUCUCAACUGAAUCCACAAGCGCAGAACCUUUGACGAGCGUCGCGGACGGUCCCGAAACCAGCGGAAGCGACGGUGAGAAACCAGUCCUUCCCCGAAGCCACUCCGAACGAUUGUUGGCCAUCAACAAGGAGUUCGUGGCCCAGGAGAAGGAACUCAGAGAAAAAUACCACGAGGUGAUCUACAACCUGGCGGACAAAGUCAUGAAAACGUCGCAGUGCAAUCAGAUAAAGGCGCUGAAGGAUCAAUUCGAGAAGGAGACGACGGAUCUGAUGAGACGGCUGCAGGCGGACCACAGGGAGGAGGUGAAGCAGCUGGCGAAAAAACAUCGAAACCGCGAACAGUUCACGAGGGUGAAACGCGAAGCGGUCACCGCCGUGGUGGGCAGAGGUGUUUCGGAGCGCGAGAAGCUCGACCAGUUGUUCGAGAAUCGUCGGGACGAGUUGCUUAAACAGCACGAAAUGGUCAAGGAAGCCCUCAGUGAACACAGAGCCAAAGCCAAAUCAGCGUUGUGUAAGGAGUUUGAGACUCGUCUGGCGCGUGUGGACGGCGAAACUAGCGGGGCCUGUUGCUAAAUGUUAACUGCUCACGUCCGGCGAACGGAUUUUGGUAACGUACACGUCGCUACGCCCCGCAAUUUGAUGGCGGGGGUCGAAAGACACACACACUCUCACUUGACAAUCAAAUAGUAAGGUGAAACCAUUUUUAAUCGCUAAAGAAUGUCCUCAUGUCUUGUUAAUAUGUAACUAGGUACACAACACACACAAAUUGAUGAAUUUUAGUCUAGACCGUAUCGAUGUUCGUUGUUAUUUGUGAUAGUAGCGAUUAGUGAACCAAUACAACUAAUUUUGGGACCUUGUGUAAUUCAUCCAAAGCGAUAACAUCGGCGAUGGAAGUAUGUGUCCGUCGCUUUUAAACAUAUGACAAUAAAUAUAUUACUGGGUUUGUUGCACUGUGGUCGCCUCACACAAUCUUUUUAUUUAUUUAAAAAUAAAAUAUAUAAAACACUAAAUGAUGUAAUAAUCAACAUUGGAUUUUUCGUUUAAAGUUGUUUGGUUCAAUUAAAUUAUAUUAUAUAAAUAAUAUGGUAAUUAGUAGUCUCGUUGGAAUAAAAUAAAUUCUAUAAGUAAAAUAUAAUUAACCAACACAUGGUAAAUGGGCCUAAACUUUUAAAAUAAUUAUUAUACAAAUAAGUAGAUCUCAUCAAAUCACUUGUUGAACGUGAAAGUGCUGCUACAAGGAAACAAUGCCAAUGUUAUGUUACAUUUUGCUUUGGAUAACUACAUAAAGUACAAAACUAGACCAUUAUUUAACUAAACUAAAAAAUAGCUUAUUAACAUUACUCUUAGAUAAAGGAAGAAUCGUGCCAGUUUAUUUAAUUGUAUACGUCAAAGCUUUCAGAAGCAAAGUUUGCAUUUACCCGUUAUGUUUAGAGUUAGAUCUGAUGAUAAAACGUGUGUAUCAGAUUCAAUUAUCACUCGCAACUUUGUACUGAUAUGCAUAUCUAACAGAGUUUUAGACAAUAGCCAAAACUUUCACGUGAUAAUUGUUGGUUAAAACCAGUGAUUUUUGUUAGUUCUGUAUUAAAUGUGUUCGAAUCGAUACAUAACAGCAAAUGUCUCUAUCAUAUGACACCAAAAGAAUGCAAUAAGAAAAACUAACACGUUUGUUGCGUUUAAUGGUUUUAAGUAGUCCUGAAUUUUGUCUCUCACUUGUAGAAUUAUUACUAUGUGUAAUCUGUGUAAUUAGCGAACAAGGAUAAUUUAUACACGUCAGGCACAAAAUAUACAUUUAUUUAUUAAAACUCUAGUCAUGAUUUUUUGUUUUUAGGAAAAGGUGCUUGUAUGUUUUUCAAAAAGUAUUAAAAACCAUGGAAUAAUUAGUGAAAUGUAUUAAUUAAUAAUUUGUACAUAGAUAAACAGGCUUGUGGUCCGAGUCAAGUUGUUGAAUCCGAUCACAAGGACUUUCGCUUGACACUGUGUUAGCGGUCCAGGACGGAUUUACGUUGGAACGUUGUCGUGAUGAUACUUCGCACAAAUUCCAGUAUAAAAUCAUCAAUGCACAAAGCAAAUGACCGCAACGAUUCUGGGCGUAAAUAAGUCUUUUGGGCCGCGUUUGCUGUACAGACUUAGAAACUUUAUCUUGUAUAUAGUGUUCAUAAUUUAUUUGAAUAUAUGUAUCAUAUACAUAGCGAGUAUAUAAAAUUUGUUUAUAUUAACUUUGAAAAUGCAUAGUACGUACUUAUUAACUGAUGUUGCCAAAUUUUAUCGAUGAUAAGUGUUUCGAAAUUGUUGGCGUUCAAACUGACUGGUUUGAAUGUUGAUGAUAUUGCUGAGUUUUUAGCAACUUGCCUUAACUAUUAGUUAUAUCUUGAGUGUGCGGAUUCUUUAGGACUUCCCUUUUAGUUCGACCUCCACACAAGAGACAGGAUUAUGUGAUUUAUGUUACUAGUCCAGUCAUUAUAGGGAGUUCACUUCGGAAAUCGACAUACCCAGCUAUAAACUCGUAUAAACUUAUAUUUUGACAUCCCAAAAGUUGUCUCAAAAUUCACACAUGAUAGGAUGGCCGCAACUUAAAAAAUCAAAAGUCUAAAGUCACAAAAAUCGAUUUUUUGUACAUUUUUUGUAAAUAUCUCGGUUCCUAUGGGUUUUACGCUACUUGUAUUUCUUAUCAAUAUUGUAGAAAAUUAAAUUCUCUACAACUUUUGUUUUAAACAUUUUUUCAAACGUUGAACCGUUGUCGAGAUAGAUGGCAAAUACAAGUAGCGUAAAAACCAUAGGAAACUAGAUAUUUACAAAAAAUGAUCAAAAAAUCAAUUUUUGUGACUUUUGACCUCCAACUUUUUAAUUUGCGACUAUCCUAUCAUGUGUGAAUUUUGAGACAAGUUUUGGGAUGUCAAAAUAUAAGUUUAUACGAGUUUCGAUUUCCGAGAUAUUCACCUAAUUUUGACUAAGAUGACCGGACUAAACGGAAUUUCGCACAGUCGCAGUCAGUUACCCGCUCGAGCUAAUUUCGAAAUUAUUUGAUGUUGCUAAAAUAGUGUUUGUUGCUAAUUGUUAAACAUAAGUGGUUGUUAUAUGAAGUAGUAAAUUUAGACAUAGGCUGCAUACAAGUAUGACAGUCUUGAUAAAAGUACGCAAUAGAUUUAGGAGUAUUCCAGUUUCGUUUCGACUUGGUUUUUCGUUUAGAGGUUCUGAUAUUUGUCACUCAAUGUUAUCGGCCUAUCUAAAUAUUAACUACUGAGUUGUGUACGUGAGAAUCGUUAGGUUUUUUCCAAGUUUAUUUGUGUAUGUGUUACAUGGAUCUAGUCACAUUAAUUUAUGCUGAAACCGUCCAAGAAAAUGUUGAUUUCCUUGAACGGUUUUCGCUCCAAUCAUAAUACUCAUACCAGUAUCCAACAAGGACUAAUCUUUUAUCAUCACUUAAUAAAAAUAUUAAAUUAAAACACGUCCCGUUUGGUGAAUGAGGACGAUUUUCUGCCAGUCUGACCAAAAUACUCUAGGAGUAGAUUUUUCUAAAUCCCACCUUGUUGAAUACACGUUUAAAAACUCAUAUAAUUUUAUUAAUACAUUCCAUCAUGUUUAGAGACGUUUAUAAUGUUCUGUGUAACUCGAUUAUUUUUUUCGAUAUGUUCGUCAAUCUCGAUUUUUCUAUUUUUCCAACUUGUGCCUUUUAACCAUGAAUAAUUUUUAAUUGUACACUGUUCUUUAUUAUCUAAGUCAUGUAUUACAUGUGUUUACUAUCAUGUUAUUGUCUAAAUAGAUUUAUGUGCUAUGAA